AUGGCAGCCCCCAACCAGCAACAGCAACAGCAACAGCAACAGCAACAGCAACAGCAACAGCAACAGCAACAGCAGGCGCCUCCGAUCCAGGUGCCAAUGAUCAAGCCCAACCAGAUCGACGCCCUGCCCAACCUCACCGAUCAAGUCAAGACCCAGUACAAGCAAGGCCUGGCCUCACUUUGGCACAUCGUUGAGAACAAUGCUCCGGAGAGCAGGGAGAGGCAAGACGCCGAGGGCAAGAUCCGCGUUGCCAGUCAGAAGCUCAUGGCGCAGCUCCGAGGACAACGACCAGGCUCAGCUGCAGGCCAACAAAGACCUCACCCGCCGCAGCAACAGCAGCAGCCAGGAGGGGGCCAACAACAGCAAGGCCAGCCGCAGCAACAACCGCAGAUGAACUUCCAACAGCAACAACAGCAGGCAAUGCAGAACGUCCAAGCGAGAGCUGCUGUACAGCUGAAGCCAGCUGGCCAGCAAGGCCAACAGCCAAAUCCUCAACAGCAGCAGAAUGCCCAAGCGGCGCAGCAGAAGAUCAAGAAUGAGCUGGAUUCCACGAACAUAGUCCAUCCACAGGGAAUGUCAGAUCAGCAGUUCCAGAUGCUGAAGGACCAGUGGCGGAGGAUGGGCGUGAAUCUCUUGCAGAACAGAGAGAAUAUAAUGACUCGAGCUCGUCCGAUCAUUACCCAGGUGGCGACAAUGCAGAAGAGUAAUCAGCCUGUGCCGGAGAGCAUGCAGCAAGGAUAUAUGACCGCCAAGGAGGCUCUUGAUGCCGCGAAUAGCAAGUGGAUGCGCUGGAAGCAACUCGCCGAGCAAGGCAAUAUUGCUGGUGUCCAGCAGCACAUUAAUAACGCCAACAACGCGAAUUCCGCGCGACCUGUCACGCAACAGGGACAACAAGCUCACAACGGUCCGCCGCAACAGCCGCAACUCCAGCAGCCACCAAAUGAUGUAAAACCAGUGAAUGCGGCCAAUUCACCUUCUCCGCCGCAAGUUCAAGGAAGUUUCCAGCAGACGCCACAAGGAAACCAGAACCAACAACACGCGCCUUCACAACAAAACAUGGCGCAGCAGCAGCCCGCACAGCCUCAACUUCAGCAGCAACAGCGGACGCCCCAAUCUGCUGCGCAACCGCCAAACUUCCCGCCAAACAUGCAGCAACCUCCCAACCAGCAACCUCGACCACAGAUCAACACCAACGCCCAGCACAUGCAGACGCCCACCCAAGUCGGACAGCAGCAGCAAGGUACCCCAGCUUCCGCUAUGCCAAACAGUGCUUCUCAAGCGCCUCAGCGUCCUCAAGCGCUUACACACAAUCAAGCCAUGUCGCAGGCUGCAGAUGCAGCGCGACAGAAUCAAGUGCAAGGCCAGCAGGUGCCGCAGCAGAUGCCAAACGGCCUGCCCUUCAACCCUCAGCCGCAAUCCGCCACUCAACAGAACACCCCCACGGGUAGCUAUCCUAAUCUCCAACCAACUCAGGGUAACAGCACCAACACCAAGUUUCCGAUCCCGAAAACCCUUGCCCUCGACCCACGCGCACAGCAACCCGUCCCAGGGCCUCCAUCUCGACCUACGUUGGCCACUCCCGGCAUGAUGUAUCAACCAGGAAUCCAGCGCGCGCCACCAUACACGCUCGAGGGAGAGGGCGAUCGCGUCCUUAGCAAGCGCAAGCUCGACGAACUCGUCCGCCAGGUCACUGGCGCUGCACCACCUUCCAUCAACGAGAGCGAGUCGUCCUCUGUCCUCUCUCCCGAGGUCGAAGAGUCCAUGCUCCAAGUCGCGGACAACUUCGUCGACGACGUCAUCACCUCAGCAUGCCGCCUGGCCAAGCUUCGUUCUAACCAGACUCUCGACAUUCGCGACAUUCAGAUGGUGCUUGAGCGCAACUACGGCAUUCGCAUUCCUGGCUACAGUCUCGACGAGACCCGAAUCGUGCGCAAGUUCCAGCCGGCGCCGGGCUGGCAUAGCAAGAUGCAGGCAGUGCAGGCUGGUAAGGUAAUGAACAACCGCGACCAGUAA